AUGUGGCAGAGGAAUAAGACCUCGGUGGUAGAUUUCAUCCUGGAAGGACUCUUUGAUGACUCCCUCACACAUGUCUUCCUUUUCUCCCUGACCAUGCUGGUCUUCCUUGUUGCAGUGAGUGGCAAUGCCCUCACCAUUCUCCUCAUCUGCGCUGACCCCCGGCUGCACAAACCCAUGUACUUCCUGCUCAGCCAGCUCUCCCUCAUGGAUCUGAUGCACGUGUCUACCACCAUCCCCAAGAUGGCGACCAACUACCUAUCUGGCAAGAAGGUCAUUUCCUUUGUGGGUUGUGCAACCCAGCAUUUCCUCUAUUUGACUAUGGGUUGUGCUGAGUGUCUUCUCCUAACUCUCAUGUCCUAUGACCGCUAUGUUGCCAUCUGCCAUCCUUUGCAUUACACUAUUCUCAUGAACAGAAAGGUGACACUGAUGAUGGCUGUCAUGUCAUGGUUGGGAGGAUCCAUGAUCUCCUUAAUUCUCACAGUGACCUUGAUGCAUUUCCCUUUCUGUGGACCUCGAAAUAUCCACCACUUCUACUGUGAGCUUCCAGCUGUUGUGAAGUUGGUAUGUGGAGAUGUUACUGUUUAUGAGACCACAGUGUACAUCAGUGGCAUCAUUUUAAUCCUUCUCCCCAUCCUCCUGGUUGCUACAUCUUAUGUCUUUAUCAUCCACAGUGUCAUUCAGAUGCGUUCAGCUGGGAGUAAGAGAAAUGCCUUUGGUACUUGCAGUUCUCACCUCAUAGUAGUUUCUUUUUUUUUUGGUGCCUCCAUCUUCUCAUAUAUGAGACCCAGGUCCCAGCACACACCACUGCAAGACAAAGUUGGUUCUCUGUUCUACAGCAUCAUCACUCCCACCCUGAACCCUCUGAUUUAUACUCUCCGUAAUAAGGAUGCAGCAAAGGCUGUAAGGAGAGUGCUGGGGAGAGACAGCAUCACUCAAAGGCUAUAA